CGAGUAAAGGGGAUAAAGAUAUUAGAUUAUUUGCUGCAAAGGCCACGGCCAAGCUCGCUGAUAACCUCCACAUUGUCCCUAUCCCUGGGGCAAUGCAGCUCAUAGCCUCACUUCUAGACACUGCUCAUCGGGAGCAAUUAAAGGAUCCUCUUCUGGACAUUGGCAGCCCUACGGCAGAACAGGAUAGUCUUAUUCAACAAGUUAGCAGGAACGAACAGACUUCCCUGUUGCUUAAACGGUUGAAAGAGAUUUCAAUAUGCUGUUUUAUUCCGAGGGAGGAGCCAACCCACAUGGAUGAACAAAAUUCCCAUGUACUCAGAUGGUGGAAUCUGAUUACAAAGCGUUGGUCUAUCCCAGAGGAGGAGCCAUCGACAGAUCAAGAUAUCCUCCCUUUAUUGGGCAUGUUAAUUCUUAACAAGCUUGCUAGCUUUGAUCUUGAGAAUUGUAUAGAAAUCAGCAGAGCAACUGGCCUCAUCUCAAAGAUCAUAGAGUUCACAAGCAGCAGAACUGAAAUGACAAAUAUUAACGAGGCACAACAGACACUGCUGAAAGGUUCAUCACUUGAGCUGCUGAGAAGAUUUUCAAGUACCAAAGGGGAAUUUGGUGUAAUUUUGCGUCAGAAGAUUUCAGAAAACCUCUUCCUUUUGAACCAUCUUGCAGAUAUCUUGGAUGACAGUGGGAGUAGCCAUGAACUGAGGGAGCUCACAUCAGAACUCCUUAGAAACCUGGCCAUGGAGGGUAAUAUAAAGGACGAGAUUGGACACAUCCGAGUGAUCAUUAGCAGGUUGAUGCAUGCAUUUCUCAGCCAAGAUGCACUCUCAAGUACGGAUUCUGAUCAGCGGCUACGAAUGAAAUCAGGGCAAGCACUGGCAGUACUGGCAAUGGAGAGUGCCAAUAACUGUUUGGUUAUGUUAGCAGAACCAGGGUAUGUAUUCAUAAAGGAACUCACAGUUAUGAUCCAUGGUGGCAGAUACAGGUACAUAGCUUCAAGCCUGUUGCGGAAUAUGUGUGUGCAUGCUCGAUCUGGGCUUCGCAACUCUGACCUGAACGAAAUCUCCUACAUUUUGAGAGAGGUGCUGAAAGGAAUAACGGAUGCAGAAGGGACAGAACUGGAGGUCCUUAUUGGUCUUAGUUCACAAAUAUGCAAUGUCAUUCCAGAAGACUUUGCGCAAGAGCUUGAACAUGGUCAGAUUAAGGAAGGAUUUAUAAAGAGGCUUGUCAAUGCACUUAACUCAAAUAUGAUACCCACUGCUCAUUGUCCUGGUAUCAGGAGGGUGAUAGUUGAACAUGCCAUAUACAUGAUGGAAUUCAAUCCGGCCUACGCUAGCUAUUUCAACAACUGUCAGAUGAUGGAAGCACUGCUAACGGUAGAGCGUAAACCUUCAAGGGCUGAAAACUACAGGUUCUUAUUGGGUGAUGCAGGACUCAUGAAGCACAGCAUGCCUCUAUCCGCUCUUGUGGCUAGAGCAAAAGAGCUGAUGGGCCAUUAGUAGCUACGAGGCAUCAGAAGUGUCAGCUGAGCAUGCAUUUAGAAGAUAUUGUACUACUGAUCUAUACUGGGACUUCCCAUUUGCUCACCACAGUGGCGAGUUAUCCAUUGCAAUCGAAGGAUAUCCCAUGAAAUUUGACAAGUAGCCAUUGUGUUCCACAAUGCAGGUAACAUAAAUAAUGGCUGUGUUAGUGUUGUAGGAUCAUGGAUAUAUGAAAGAUGAUGAAUCAGCUUUGUGACUGAAUAUGAAAUGUCAUGGUAGUUUUGUAUUGUCAGGGUGUGAGGCUUCAACACCAACUCAUAGUAUUUUAAAUUUUAAGCUUGAUAACGGGUGUUGUCUGGCACUAUUAAAUGGUGUCGUAGUUGAGUUACUUGAGUAUACUAACGAGGCAACCACUUCAGUCCAGACACGAGGGAAGUAAGAACUAAGAGACUGAGAAGUAAGAACUAAGAACCAUCCACUUUAGUCAUGGACACGAGGGAUCUUACCAUAAACGAUUUUAAACUAAGAACGCACCAUGUAGUAUAGCACGCUAACAUUUGUGGUUUACUCGAAACCAGAAAAUUUCUGCUUCCUAGAUCAGAAAUUGGCCGAUAACUGAACACUACAGAGUACGCAUCUCAUGGGGUACCACGAACUGACGGA